AUGCAGCUCAACAGGCUCCUGCCGCUGUCCACCCUCAUUUUGGGGAUAUGCGCAGUCCCUACUGUGCGAGGGGACGCCGAUUUCGCCCAGGUACGGACAAGGCUGCAUAAAGACAUGAGCGCAAGAGCCUACGACCCACCGGAGAAGUACUUCCACGAGUCUCUCUUCCACCCUCACUAUGACGGGCGAUUCGCCGAGAAGGCGCUCCCUUAUCAUGAGCAGAAGGCGGCCCUGAAGAAUCUCCUCCAGACAUACCUCGCCACCUUCUCGGACCUAGGUGUCGAAACGUGGCUGAUGCAUGGCUCGCUGCUUGGUUGGUGGUGGGGCAAGAAGAUCCUGCCCUGGGACACAGACGCCGACGUCCAGGUUUCCGAGGCUGCCAUCCACUACCUCGCUUCAUACUACAACAUGUCUGUCUUCCAUUAUAGGACACCGCGCAUUCCCGAGGGCCGCGACUACAUGCUUGAGAUUAACCCCAACUAUGUCAACCGAGAGCAGACGGAUAAGCUCAAUGUCAUUGACGCACGAUGGAUCGACACGACCAGCGGCCUUUUUAUCGACAUUACUACGGUCAGGUACAACCUGACGCAUCCAGAAGGCGAGGGAAUUCUCUCCUGCAAAGACGGCCAUGAAUUCAGGGAUACCUUCCUCUACCCUCUACGCUCUACGACAUUCGAGGGAUCCCCAGCCAAGAUCCCCUUCAAGUACAAGGAGAUGCUCGAGGUCGAGUACGGUCCUCGUUCCCUUGUGAACACAGAGUUUGAGGCUCAUAAGUUCAACGAUGAAAAGAUGGAGUGGCUACCGAGCAUGAUCCAGGGAGAGCUAUGA